AUGGGCCUCCUGGCUGUCAUUCUCGACAGUGUUUGUGAGCGCUGCUCAGAUUCAUCGCUAUGGACGCUCACCAGUGUGGCAUUACUAUCCAUGCUUGUUGUGUCUGUGAUUAUCAACGCCUCGCGCCAACUUCUCUUCAAAAAUCACAAAGAACCCCCCUUGGUCUUUCAUUGGUUCCCUUUUAUUGGAAGUACCAUCAGCUAUGGCAUGGAUCCAUACAGAUUCUUCUUUAAUUGCCGGAAAAAGUAUGGCGAUAUCUUCACAUUCGUUCUCCUUGGUAAGAAGACAACCGUCUACCUAGGAACCAAGGGGAACGAUUUCAUUCUGAAUGGCAAACUUCGAGAUGUCUGCGCGGAAGAGGUUUAUUCCCCGCUUACAACUCCUGUGUUUGGGCGUCAUGUGGUAUACGACUGUCCAAAUGCUAAACUUAUGGAGCAAAAGAAGUUUGUGAAAUUCGGGCUUACUUCAGAUGCACUUCGUUCGUACGUUCGUUUGAUUACAGAGGAAGUGGAAGAUUUCGUAAAGAAGUCCUCGGCAUUCCAGGGUCAUAAAGGCGUUUUCGAUGUUUGCAAAACAAUUGCUGAGAUUACUAUCUACACCGCCUCACGUUCACUUCAAGGGAAAGAAGUUCGGAGCAGAUUUGACUCUACUUUUGCUGAACUGUAUCAUGACCUCGACAUGGGUUUUGCCCCCAUAAACUUCAUGUUACCAUGGGCCCCUCUUCCCCAUAACCGCAAGCGUGAUGCCGCCCAGAAAAGGAUGACUGAAACAUACAUGGAGAUUAUAAAGGAACGCCGUAAGGCUGGCAGCAAAAAAGACUCGGAAGACAUGGUAUGGAAUCUUAUGUCGUGCGUGUACAAAGAUGGAACACCUGUCCCCGACGAAGAAAUUGCACACAUGAUGAUCGCCUUACUCAUGGCCGGCCAGCACUCUUCGUCAUCUACUGCAGCUUGGAUUGUCCUGCAUCUUGCAGCAUCCCCUGAAAUAACAGAGGAACUCUAUCAGGAGCAACUUCGCAUCCUUGGACAUGACAUGCCUCCACUCACUUAUGAGAACUUGCAGAAAUUGGACUUGCACGCCAAGGUCAUCAAAGAAACUCUUCGCAUACAUGCGCCGAUCCACUCCAUCAUUCGAGCUGUGAAGAAUCCGAUGCCAGUAGAAGGUACCCCCUAUGUGAUCCCAACUUCACACAAUGUCCUUUCCUCCCCUGGUGUCACUGCAAGAUCAGAAGAACAUUUCCCUGAUCCGCUUGAAUGGAAACCCCACCGCUGGGAUGAGGCCAUCGCUGCUAGCUCAGAAGAUGAAGAAAAGGUUGACUAUGGCUACGGCUUGGUUACUAAAGGAACCAACAGCCCAUAUCUUCCGUUCGGCGCCGGGCGACAUAGAUGCAUUGGUGAACAGUUUGCUUACGUCCAGCUCGGUGCGAUCACAGCGGCUCUAGUCAGGUUGUUCAAGUUCAGCAAUCUUCCAGACGUUCAAACCCUUCCAGACACAGACUACUCAUCCUUAUUUUCUAAGCCUUUGGGCAACUCAGUGAUACAAUUUGAGAAGCGCGAGCCCGUCCCCAAGGCAUAG